AUGUCGGGCCGUCAAGGAGGAAAAGCCAAGCCGCUCAAGGCGCCCAAGAAGCAGAACAAGGAGCUUGACGAGGACGAUCUCGCCUUCCAAAGGAAGCAAAAGGAAGAAGAGGCCGCCAAGAAGGCUGCUAUUGCCAAGAUGGCUGGUGGAAAGAAAAAGUAG